UCCGCACCGGCCCCACCGGGAGAUGGCGGCGGCGGGCGCGGAGGAGCGGCGCGGGGCGUGGGGCGCGGCGGGCCCGGAGCGCGGCCCCGGCCCCGGCCCCGGCCCCGGCCCCGGCCCCGGGCCCGGCCCGCUGGGCUCGCUGCUCAGCCGGCUGCCGCUGGCGCCGUCCCCGCGGCGGCGGACCGCCAGCCAGUGCAAACCGGAGCCGCCGCUGCUGCGCACCAGCAAGCGAACCAUCUACACGGCCGGGCGGCCGCCCUGGUACAGCGAGACCGGCGCGCCCGUGGACGAGGCCUUCGUCAUCGGCCUGUGCGGCGGCAGCGCCUCGGGCAAGACGACAGUGGCCACGAGGAUCAUCGAGGCGCUGGACGUGCCCUGGGUCGUGCUGCUCUCCAUGGACUCUUUCUACAAGGUGCUGGACGAGGGGCAGCAGGCGCUGGCAGCCCGCAGCGACUACAACUUCGACCACCCCGACGCCUUCGACUUUGAGCUGCUCGUCAGUGUCCUCCGCAAGCUCAAGAAGGGCAAGAGCGUGAAGGUGCCGGUCUACGACUUCACCACGCACAGCCGCCGCCGCGAGUGGAAAACGGUGUAUGGGGCCAACGUCAUCGUGUUUGAAGGGAUACUGGCUUUUGCCAACAAGGAGUUGCUGAAGCUCCUGGACAUGAAAGUGUUUGUGGACACGGACUCUGACAUCCGGCUGGUGCGGCGGCUGCAGCGUGACAUCAUGGAGCGAGGGCGUGACAUCGUGGGCGUCAUCAAGCAGUACAACAAGUUUGUGAAGCCAGCCUUCGAGCAGUACAUCGAACCCACCGUGCAGGUUGCCGACAUCGUGGUGCCCAGGGGUGGGGAAAACUUUGUGGCCCUGGACCUCAUUGUGCAGCACGUGCACAGCCAGCUGGAGAAGCGCGAGAUCACCGUCAGGGCAGCUCUGGCCUCUGCCCACCAAGGGCAGCCGCUGCCGAAGACGCUGAGCGUCCUGGAGAACACGCCGCAGGUGCGGGGCAUGCACACCAUCAUCAGGAACAAGGACACGACCAGGGACGAAUUCAUCUUUUACUCCAAGCGCCUGAUGAGGCUGUUGAUCGAACAUGCCCUCUCCUUCCUGCCACUCAAGUCGGUCACGGUGGAGACGCCCCAGGGGACGACGUAUGAAGGCAAGCGGUUCCACAGGCAGAGGAUCACCGGCGUGUCCAUCCUGCGGGCCGGGGAGACCAUGGAGCAGGCGCUUACGGCUGUGUGCAAGGACAUCCGUCUGGGCAAGAUCCUGAUCCAGACCAACCACGACACGGGGGAGCCCGAGCUCCACUACCUGCGCCUUCCCAAGGAGAUCAGCGAGGACUACGUCAUCCUCAUGGACAGCACCGUGUCCACGGGGGCCGCGGCCAUGAUGGCAGUGCGGGUGCUGCUGGACCACGACGUGCAGGAGGACAGGAUCUUCCUGCUGUCGCUGCUGAUGGCGGAGAUGGGGGUGCACUCCGUGGCCUACGCCUUCCCCCGCGUCCGCAUCAUCACCACCGCCGUGGACAAGAGGAUCAACGAGGAGUUCCACAUCAUCCCGGGCAUCGGUAACUUUGGGGACAGGUACUUUGGCACUGACGGCCCCUCUGCCUGGUGUGAGAAUGACGGCAUGGACUGCUGAGCUGCUGGCUGGCCACGGGGCCACCAGCCAGGCUGGCUGCAGGGCCGGCCCCCCCCCGCCUGUGCCCCCAGGAGGGGCUCCGAGCUGCCAGCCUGCACCCACCCCCCCGGCGCUCGGGACCCUCGCUGCCGCCUCUCCUUCCACCCCCCCCAGGGGCGGCCGUGGCGGGGCCGAUCUUCCUCCACCGAGGGAGAAGACAGACGGCGUCUCCUGCGGCUGCCGGGGAGAGGGGGGCCGUUCCUCGCCUCCCGAGACCUCCCUCUGCACCCCAGGCCGGCCGUGCCCCCGGGAGGGAGAGGUGGGCUCCGCAGCCUGUGGCUGAGGGGCCAGUCACCCCCUUCCCUGGGAUGAAGCGGGGAUGGGGUCUGGUCCCCCUCGAGGCUUCCUCUGGGUCCUGGCUGGGUGCUGAGCAGGCUCCCUUGCUGGAAUCUGUAUUUAUUUGUAUUUAUUUGAGCAGCUGCCCCCCUGGCUCUCCUGCAGGGCAGGCUAGCUACUUGAAAAACAUCAGGGAUUGGGGAUCUCCUCAAGGAACCACCUUGUCCCCACCGAUCUGACACUCCAUUGCCUUCCCGUCCCUGGCUGGCCCGGCCGGUGGCCCCGGGAGGGCCGGGGCUGCCCUCGGCCCCGUGCCGGCGGGACGGUUUGAUAUUCAGACGCUCUCCCGGUAGCGUCUCGGCCCCUGGGCAGCCGGGGCCAUCCCUGGGGACCGACCGGCUCCCGGUGCCCCGGGGCGGGGGGGCGUGGGGGCGGCCGUGCUCUGCCCAGCCCCGGCCGCCCUUGUUGCUCAGGUUCUUUGUAAGGGCAGCAGCGGGCGCGGGAUCAGCUCUGGCGCAGGGGCUGGGGUCCUGGGGCUCCCCCCACCUUUGCUGCCUGAAGACGCUCCGCUGCCCCCCCCCCCCCCCCAGCGUCAGGGUGCUCCCCGCUGCCCCGGCUGCCUUCGUUUUGUACCCCAAUAAAGGUGCAGCGUGACCCCCCCCA